UUGCCAUUUGCAACCUUCCCAGCUGGUUUUAGACAAGCAAAGUCAAUGGGGGAAGCAAGAUAACACAUACCUGAUAAGUCAUAAAAUUGAUGCAACUGACUUAAUGAUCACCUUGUUUAAUGUCAGUCCUCCCAGGUAAACCAGACAGAAACACGACUAGAUGAGCUAAUUUCACUUUAUUAUAAGACUACAUUAACAGAAUCUUGCAAGUCUGAAGGUACAAAUUUCCCAACCCUACUUUUAAUUGCUUGAUCAGUUAAGGGCAGAUCUUUCCUAAGUUUCUUUCUCUGGCCACAAGGAACCACAGGGAACACCUCUCUCUCUCUCUCUUGUCUGAUUGUUUCCUAAGCAGCAUCUCUUCCCCUCAUUUCCCAAGGUCAUCCCCACAUUCCAUUAUACUGACAGAGGGAAGUUCCAGUCGCAAUUGUCAUAAGUCAAGGACUACUCACUUCUGAGACUCAAAAUUCUUUUCAUUUCAUUUAAAGCUGUCUCUAUUUUAACAGAUAUUGAUAUAAAACAGAAUGUUUCCAGUGCAUUUUGGCAGCCCAUUUCUGAUGAAUUCUCAAAACCUAACAACUGCUGCCAACAGAUUACCAACAGAUUUUAACUAAUGGAUUUCUUCUCCUUAUAAUAGAGUGAAAGAAGAUGGGAAAGUAGAUGAGGUAAGAUCACUUACCUUCCUGCUAAUGUGUAAAAGGAAAACUUAAGGAUCUCUUACAUGUGAGUUCAUUUUCCUGGCCUUGGGAUGUGGUUGAAACCUGGAAUCGUUAUUUCUAAAUUCUGAUGCUGCUUAUAACUCCUUAUUUUCAAAGUUAUAUCUGGAAGCCAUACUAAAGAGAGAUUUGAAGGAAAGAUCACACCAUCCCAUAUGUACCUCCCUAAUCCCUGAGGACAUCAGAAGAGGCCCUGCUGCAGGUGCCCCUUCCAACUGAAAUUGGGCUUUAGGUAUUUUUAACAAACUUUGACACAUCCCAAAUAUCAGCUAUGGCAUCUCGCAUUGGUUUACGGAUGCAGCUUAUGCGAGAGCAAGUACAACAAGAGGAACAACGGGAGCGCAUUCAGCAGCAGUCAGUGAUGCAUUACAUGCAGCAACAGCAACAAAUGCCAGUGGCUCCAACCCCAGCCAUCAACACUCCAGUUCAUUUCCAAUCACCACCACCUGUGCCAGGAGAAGUUUUAAAGGUUCAGUCCUUCUUAGAAAAUCCUACUACAUACCAUCUGCAAAGGUCACGAGACAAGAAGGUCCAAGACUAUCUGUCUGAAACUUAUGGGAACAAGUUUGCACCGCUACUUGGUGCUCCUUCUCCCAAGCCUCCUCCUUCAGCCUCCCCUGGGGUGAGACCAUGUCAUGUCAUGUCCUCUUCUGCAGGCAACAGCACUCCGAACAGUCCAAUGGCAAUGCUUAAUAUCAGCUCCAAUCCAGAGAGAGAGAUAGAUGAUGUCAUUGAAGAUAUUAUGCAGCUGACAACCACUGUCGGGUGUCUUAAUCCAGAAAUUCAUAUGUCCAAUACUUUGCCUCUAUCCAGCAGCCAUAUGAAUGUCUAUAACAGUGACCUCCAGAUGACGCCUUCUAUGGUGGGCAUUACCAGCAGUUCCUGUCCUGCUGAUCUCACUCAAAAGAGAGAGCUUACAGAUGCCGAGAGUCGUGCCUUGGCUAAGGAACGCCAGAAGAAGGAUAAUCAUAAUCUCAUUGAAAGAAGACGCAGAUUCAACAUUAAUGAUCGUAUUAAGGAAUUAGGGAUGCUGAUUCCAAAAGCUAGUGAUCUAGAUGUGCGCUGGAACAAAGGGACAAUCCUGAAAGCCUCUGUUGAUUAUAUCAGAAGGAUGCAGAAAGAUUUGCAGAGAUCACGAGAUCUUGAGAAUCAUUCUCGGCGUCUGGAAAUGGCUAACAAGCAGCUUUGGCUUCGUAUACAGGAACUGGAGAUGCAAGCUCGAGUCCAUGGGUUGCCAACCUCUUCACCCUCUGAUAUGAACAUGGCUGAACUAGCUCAGCAUAUGGUGAAGCAAGAAACUUCUGGAGAGGAGGGGACAGCAGAGCUCUUACAGCAAACGCAACUCCAAGCUGAACCGGAAGCUCAGCAUCAGCCUCACUUUGCUCCUCCUCCUCCUCCUCCUCCUCCUCAGUCUCCCUACCACCAACUGAACUUUACCCAUAGCCUGAGCUUUGAUGACAGUUGUAGAGGUUUUCAUGACCCGCUGGACCCUAGCCAAAAUGUCUCUUUUCCCUCCUUGUCCAAGAAGGAGUUAGACUUGAUGCUAAUGGAGGAUACUAUGCUUCCUGUGGCUUCUGACCCCCUGUUUUCUACUGUGUCCCCAGAGGCUUCAAAGGCUAGCAGUCGGAGAAGCAGCUUCAGCAUGGAAGACACUGAUAUGCUGUGAAGAGAAGCCCUCCAAACAGAUUAGGAAUUCAAUAUGGUUUAUUUGUGAAGUGAAAAUUUCUUCAUUUGACUUAUCUGUUUAGACUUCCUCAAAGACUUAUGAGGUUAAUAAGAAAUGGAUCCUGAAUCAGAGAUGGUUUGUGUUCUGGUGGGAAUGGGAGAAUCUUUAGCACAAAGGAUUGUCCAUAGUUCUUGAAAUUUUAAUCCUUGACUUUCUCCUCUGCCUUGAUUUGCCAAAAGUGAACAAUCUGUCCUCAUCUUCCAUGAUUGCACAAUUAAUAUGGUCAGUCUGAUUACUGCAGACCUCUCCUGUGCCCUGUGCUCUUCAUACUCCAGCCCCACAAAGCCAGUUAGAAUAUUUUCACAACAAUAUGAUUGUGAACAACCUUGGACAUCAAGGUAGCUGUGUACCCUUUUUUUGACAAGCAGUUUUAAUAAAGAUUUGGCAUUCAUAUGUCCAGUAAAUAGCUUAAGGUCAACUGUGUCUGUUCCCACCUUUUGAUCUAUUAUCAACAGGCCAGUGGGAAUGUCUUCUUCAGGUGUGCUUUCAUAUUGGACUUUUUUUGGUAUUGAACAGGAACACUCAAUACGUUCUGUAGUGGGUGGGGAAGUCACUAGUUAACUCUGAGUAGUGAUGGAUGGUGAUUUUUUAAUCCUUUGAGAAAGGAAGAAAGUAUAAUAACAUUCACAGAACCUUUUUAAUGUUUUCAGUUUCAAUUAAGGCUGGGAUACAACAGCCUUAAUUAAUGACUUGCACUUUGUUAACCUUGAUGGUUGUUAGCCUAAAUUUUGGCUUGGGCCUCCCCACUGCUUUUCUGAAUCUUUUUUUGUUAUCAAUCCUUGACAGCUUAAUGGCCAUACAGGAAUAGAAAUGUAUGAGCAUCUGAAGGCAUUUGAACAGCUUUUACUGCCACCAGUCAUUCAAGAGACUGGGCAAAUUGUUUUGCUAAUUUGAAGUAGAUUUUACUUCUCUUUUUGUUGGUUUUUGCUUUUCAAUGGAAGAUGUGGGUGCUCUGAUAGGUUGGUAGUGUUUUUGUGUUUGAGAAGUAUCAAAUGAUAUUAUUUGAUUUAUAUUAAGCUUGUUAGUCUAUUCUGUUCCUCUUGAACUUCCAGCUUGUAUGAUUUAAGGUCCUAUUGCUUUGUUUCUGAAUUUAGAACUGUGGAGAAACAUAGAUGAAUGUAUACUUUAAGUCUAAAGUCCACUUAGAAUGAUUAUUGAAGGGUUUAAAGUAGAGCAGUCAUAGCUCAGUAGUAAAACACAAAGGAUACAUGCAUAAGGUCCCAGGUUUCAUUACCAGUAUUUCCAAAUAAAUUUAUCUUGUAAAGAUAGCAGAAUUGGAGAUCCAAUAUAAAUCAAAGCAGGUGAGACUUAGGCCACAUCCACGCAGCUGCUUUGCCCUUUCAUUUUGCACCAAAACCAGCAGUAAAUCUUGCUGUCUUAAUUCUUGCUGUUCCCACAGCAUACCCUUAUACUGCACACAGAACAGUUUCUGCUACACUGCUGACACAUAGCAGUUUAUUCUAAAGGCUGUCAUUGAUGGUUCUGAAAUUCCAGUCCUGACCAGUUUCAUCAAUUGAGAAAUGCCCUCCUCUUGACAUGCACGAUAUUCUGUUUACUUCAUGUGCUGAUUUUUUCCCCUUUUUUCUUAUCACACUCUUGACUGAAUGAACAUUUCUGUAUUUCUUGAAAUUAUGGAUGGGUGGUUCAACUAUCAACCACUAGAUGACAGUGGUAAAGAAUUUUUGUAUUGCUUGGCUGCCACCGAGUGAUUGCCCAGAUUGUGCAACUACUGGGCCAAUGCAGUUGAAACAUUAAAGUCUGAGAAAGAUAUUUUGUUAUAGGGAUUGGCAUAGGAGCUGCAUACUAUCCAACUAACAGUAUGUUAGAAGCCAGGUCUCCUAAGAACAAAAGACACUGGAAACAGAAUUCCAUCCUAGGCAGGCUACAGAGACACAAGCGGAGGAUCCUUUCAGUUGCACUUCUAAGAUAUCAUGUGCAUCAUGUAUCUUAUAUAACUUGCACAUAGUAUUCAGAAGCAGAAUAGAAGGGAAAACAUCAUUUUCAGAAUGGAGUAGCUAAAGUCAUCUUCAGGUUGCCUCACCCUCAGGUGGGCAAUGAGACCCAGAUAGUGACAUAUGGACAUGUUUUAUGGGAACAAGAAUGGCUUUAGGUUAAGGCCAAGUAAGCACUGGCCAAGGAUGCCAAAGCACACCAAUGUUAUCCGUCCUUCCCAAUUACCCUGAAAAUGCAAAUCUUUGUGUUAAUAACAGGAGAUACCAUCCAUCAGUGCGUCUUGGAGUAUAUGCCCUUGAGCUAGCCCUGUUGAAAUGAUUAGUGAGCUAUCUCUAGAGGCUCUAGGACAGGGGUGUCAAACUGCCGGCCCACGGGCUGGAUGCAUCAUGUCGAAACUGCACCCACUCCAUGGAAAAAAAGUUGUGAUACAUCGCGACACGUCACGUGAUGUUAUGAGUUUGACACCCCUGCUUUAGGGAAUGGCAUUGAAGGAAAGGAGGAAGAACUGCUAUAAAGGUAACGGGCUUGAGCCUGGGCCAAGAAAAUAACUCGAGAAAGUAUCUCAGACAAGCCCCUAUGUAGUUCAUAUGAAGAUAAAAUGAGGGAGAAGAAACACAUUCAGACUUGCAAGAGUCUCUUAUAAAAGAUCUGGCAAUAAAAAUAGUCCUGACCUAUAUUGCUUUGGUUUCUUAGUCUGGUCUCCCUUAUUGGGCUGAUGCUGUGCUUGCAUCAAAACAAGGAUACUAUGUUGAUUUGUUCCUAGAACUGCUAGACUAACAAUCUCAGUGUGUCCUGUCUCCUAGAGUGUGGUGUUUGUAGCCUUUUAGUAUACUUUUUGCACAGUCAAAACUUUCUCAUUGACGGUUUAGUUAUCAUAGCAACUGUUGCAAUUCUUUUGUUUCUUGGUCUGCAUUUAAUAGAAAUAAAGAGAGUGGAUACUUUGAUUCAAGAAGGAACAGUAUGAUGGGAAAACCAAGUUUUUUUGGGGGGGAAGAUUUAUUAUAUUGUUAUUAUGGUUAGUCACACAGCCAGAUAUUUACACUGGAUUUGGCAUUCUUAUCCAUUUGUUCAGUUUAUUAUUAUUUUAUUCUUUGGAGUUUGUACACUCCGCUGCUAUGUAUCUCCAACAUGUGCAAUCUCAUCUAAAUAUGUAUCUCUAGCCUUUUAGGGAUGGAUGGAUGGAUGGAGAGCUAGAUAUUUAAAUGAGUACAUAAGUGCAGCAGAAAAAAUAUAUAGCCUCCAAAAAAUGAAAAUAUUAUCUUCAUCUUGGAAAUUAACCAAAUGCUAUCAGCUAGGAAAAAACAACUGCAGAAUCAAUUGUCACUAAUUCCAUUAUAAACAAAAUCUAACAUGUGCUUAUGUGAUGGUUGCAAGCAGGUUUCAUGUAGCAGUCACAAUCUGACAGGAGGGAAGUUCAAAUGUAAUGUCAGAAAGUAUUCACAGAAAGAAUAGUGGAAGCUUGGAACCAACUUCCUGUGGAGGUAGUGGGUCAGUUAUCAGUAACUGAGUUUAAACAUGCUUGGGAUAAAUACAUGUCCAUCAUCUGUCAAAAA